UUCUGUCAAAGCAAUCGGAUACUUCUUAGUUCUUGUUGUAUAAGCUCUCUCUCUGCCCCUUGUAGUUUGCUUUCUCCUAUCAAACUUGGUAAGUAUGGGUAGAGCAACCUUCCUCGAGAUCAUCCUCGCCAUCCUCUUGCCACCUCUUGGUGUCUUCCUCAAGUAUGAGUGUCGUGCGGAAUUUUGGAUCUGUUUGGUGCUGACACUGUUUGGUUACCUUCCUGGUAUUAUAUAUGCCAUCUAUAUCCUCACCAAGUGAUCCUUUCAAUUUAUGUGGUAAAGGAUGUGUUCGAAGGGCGGCUGUGUCUUUUUGUUUAGAUAUCAAGGGUUUAUUUUCAACCGUUUGAUGGAUUGUACUUAUCUGGUGUAGCCAGAUGGAUGGUUGAUACUCCAUUAUGUAGUGUGUAUCUACUGUCGUUGUUCAUUGUUUUUUUCCUUUUUUUUUCCUUUCCUUUUGAUUUGAAUAAAUGCCUCAUAUUUGACUA